AUGGGGUAUCUACACCAGAACCGUGUCAUGCACCGGGAUCUCAAACCCGACAACAUACUAAUGUGUAAAGAUGGUUAUUUAAAGGGUGCAGAUUUCGGCAUGGCACGAGAGUGUAAAUUACCUCUUCGGCAGUAUACUCCGGGCAUGUGCACACUGUGGUACCGGGCGCCAGAACUACUCCUUUUGAGCACAGAAUACUCCACUUCUGUCGACAUGUGGAGUAUCGGCUGUAUAUUCGCCGAAUUCAUUGACUUGUGGCCACUGUGCCUGGGCAAAUCGGAAAGUGAUCAGUUAAAAAAAAUUAUAAGUACCUUGCCAUUAGUUGAAGAUAUAAAAUUCGAUGAGUAUGCACCGAGCGGGUUGCGUAAAGAGUUAAAACACGAAAUACUUUCCGAUAGCGGAUUAGUAUUACUACAAAGAAUGUUCACAUAUGACCCGAAAAGACGUGUAAGUGCAAAGGAAGCUUUACGACACCAAUAUUUUGAUGACGAACCGGUGACGAUAAGUCCAGAUGAGUUUCUUAAAUCUCUGGACUUGGAAGAUGAUCAUGAGGAUACAGACUCCGAUACAGGAGACGACGGGCAGUCCGGCUCUGACACAGAAGAUGAAGAGCACUCCGGUUCUGACACGGAAGAUGCCGAGCAGUCCGGUUCUGACACAGGAGAUGACAAACAGUCCGUCUCCGAUACGGAAGUUGCCGAUCAGUCCGGCUCUGACACAGGAGACGACGAGCAGUCCGGCUCUGACACAGGAGACGACGAGCAGUCCGGCUCUGACACAGGAGACGACGAGCAGUCCGGCUCUGACACAGGAGACGACGAGCAGUCCGGCUCUGAUACGGGAAAUGAUGAGCACUCCAGACCUGACUCGGAAGAUGCUGAACAGUCCGGCUCUGACACAGAAGAUGACGGGUAG